AACUAUUUACGACAGAUUUCGUCCUACAAACAACUGUUGAGGUAUUGCAGAAAGGAGUAGCUUCUUUUCUUGUACUUUCCUCUUACAGUACCAUUUAUUAUCGAUACGUAACAAUCAAGUUAAUUAUGAAUCGUCUUAAAUCGGAUUACGAGAAUUUCACCGGGGAAGAGGAACUAGAGAUUGUAGAAAAAUAUACGAAAGAAACUAAAUUAUAUGUGUAUGUUGUCGUGGGAUUCUUCAAUCUCUAUAUUAUUUCAAUAAUAUCUCCGUCAAUUUUAAAUGUUCUUCUGCAUAAUUUUGAUAUUUUGGAUGAUGAUCAAUUAACGUUACCUGUACCAAUUAAUAACGUUACAAACGGAGGGCUGUUAUAUUACAGUUUCCUUUUUUAUCAACUAACAAUGAUUUUCGUCCUACUAUUACUAGGUUGUUUAUUUUAUUCUUUGUAUAUGGUGUUCGUACAACAUGCCUGUUGUCAGUUCAGUAUAAUAAUAUUGAAAAUACGUCGACCAUUUAAGGACAUUCCGAAAUAUGUUCAAAAUGUUUGGGUUUUUGAAAGACCUUGCGAAAAAUUCGAUUGGGUAGUCGACAUUAUAUAUUCUUAUAAAAACGUCACGGAAUACGUUGAUUUGAUAAACUGUUUUUCCAAGAUAAAUUACUUAAUUGCAGUUUUCUGCUCAAUGAUCUUCGUCAUCUUCGAUUUUAUUUAUUUAUUUCAAUUAUUAGAAACAUUGCAAAGUGCAAGGGACACAAUAGAAUACAGUAUUACUAUUGUUGGAUCUAUAUUGGUUCUAUAUCUUAAUUUUUACGUUGGGCAAAAGAUUUUGGAUCAGAGCAAUGCAGUUUUCGAAGAAAUGUGUAAAAUACCAUUUUAUAUGCUAUCUAUAAAAGUUCAAAAAUUGUUAUUAUUUAUGAUAACCAGAAGCGGGAAGCCAUGCAUGCUUUCGAUUGGUGGUAUGUUCGUGUCGUCACAUGAAGUAUUUGUUGCGGUAAGUGACAAUAAAUUAAUCUUAAAUUUAUUACAAAUAAUUAUUAAAUUUAAUCAAUUAUAUUAAUGGCUAAUUUAGUAUUUUAGUUAAUGCGAAAAGCACUUUCUUUUGCUAUGGUGUACUAUAGCGUUCAAUAAUUCCAAGCUUUAUUUCGACCAUAACGAAACUAUAGUCAUUAAUAUAUACCAUUUAAUUUGAUAUGUAAGUGUAAAUAGAAUGUUUAAUUAAUUUUAAAUAAAAUAAAAUAUGUGCGCAUUGAUGAGACGGUAUCAGUGAUUAAAUUGUGCAUUACGUAUGACA